UGUUUUGCUUGCUUUGAAAGAAUACCCGCUGGAAUGUGCUAUUGAAGGGCCAGUGAUUAAUCAUUCCAUUAAAAGUCCUUUAACAAGAAAGUUGUGCAGCAGAGGAAAACAAAUCCUCUUUUAUUCCUUAGAUUUAAUAAGUUACUAGUACAGUGAUUUUCAGGGUGUUUGUUAAAUUUGAAUAUCAACUCUUAAAGUAAUGGCUUCAGUAUGUAGUGUUAUCAUGAGCAUACUUUUUCAUAACAAAAUAUAUUUUACCAUUUAUUUCCUACUCUGCCAUUUUGGGAGUCAGUUUUUCAUUUUAGUAUUAUCAUCAAGAUCAAAAUUUAGUUGCCAGUUCUAAAUAUUUCAGUUUUUUCGUGAUAAAUAAUAGUUUUAGGUUCUUUAGGUAUAAAUUUUAUAAAACAAAUGAUUCAUUGUACUGUUUUAAGUUAAAGAUUUGAGGGAAGAUUGUAUUUAUAUGGGUCCUUGUUCCAUGAUGACAUCAGGAGGAUGGGCUGUUCUGAAGGAAAAGACAGUUUAAGCAAAGGAGAUUGGCAUGGAAAAGAAUAUUUAGAAUUAGAAGUUUGAGGGCUGAUGUUGCUAGGGAGUAAGUAUGAUCAAAGUAAAGGAUCAGCUGAGAAAGUGGUUGGAAUUAAAGACCAGUCUGAAAGUUCUGUUUUCAGGGAGCUAGAGAAAGACUUUAAUGAGUAAAUGAGCGACAUGUCAUAUCUUUGUUUUGUGAGUACCUGGAUUGUGGCAGUUUUCUGGUGUUAAGAUAGGCAGAUGGUACAGACGGUAAGAGAAUGAGAAGAGUUGUAGGAAUUUGAGAUUAACAAAGACUGGCGAGCUCGGAGUGCAGAGAUGAUAAAGAAGCUGAAUCCACAUGAUGAAGGGGAGCUUGAGGAAGAGGAAGAAGGCAAAACUCAGGUUUUUUUAAUCAUGUGUGAUUUUUAGGCUAGCAGUGUUAAUCAGGAAGGCUAGUGAGGGCUCGGUGAAAGAUGUUCAAGUUACAUCUUUAGCGUGGUAAAAAUCUACUUGUAAUAGAUUCUGGAGAAACCUUUAUAGAUAUAUUUCACUUGUUUUUGAAUUACCAUUAGUAAACUGUUGGAUGCUCUCUAGUUUACUCAGCUAAUCUCAAGAUAGUACAUUGUGUAGAGUAGCAGUACUUCAAACUUGUAUACACUAUUUUCAAACGCAUCCAUAAAUGUACAUCCAGUAUAUGUGUAUGUAGUGAUUGAUUAGUUGUACACAUGUCUUAUGGCAUGUAUAUUGUGUCCAUUACAAGUACGAAAUAAGUAAAAAGUAGAAUUUUUCGAAGACAAGAAUGGAAUUUUACAAUGGUUUUUUGCUACCUCCUGUUAGAUCAUUUUGCCACACCUCUUUAGAAAACACUGAAUCCUCAGCUGACAUAAAGUUCUGUCCCGUUUUCCAGUAGAGGUCAUGCUUUCACCUGAAAAGGAGAACAUAUGUUAUCCAAAGUAGCACCUUCAUUGCUUAGUUAGAGGAGAAUCUUUUUUUUUUUUAAUUUCCAAAUGUAUGCAAUUUUGGAAAAGCAUGUAAUGAUAGUAUGUGGUACUAGGGAAGAGUGAAGAAGAGGAAGCUCAGAAGAGUGAAUCAACCUAAAAUGUGCUUUUUUGUUUCUGACAUUUGCUUUGUGAGUGCCUUGCGUUUGAGUUGAAUGUUACUUGAUUGUAUAGUUUGAAAAACUUUCCCAAUUCUUUGAAACUGUAGUCUCUAGAACCACAGCAAUGUUCCCACAUGUGGGCAGCAUUCAAAUUUUGUUAAAAUUGUAAUAAUCAAAAGGACAUAUGCAAAAGAGACUUUUUUGACCUUGAUGUUGAAAGCAGUAUCUUCAACCCUAAAAUGUCAGUGCAUUCUGAAAGACCUGGGCUACCUGAUCAUUAUGGCAUCAAGAAGUCUCUGGUGUAUGAGAAAUAACUUUCUUUUGGGUUCAAGAUGUUGGAUGGUCCAAUAUUCAACAGAAAUCUUCCUCAAAUCCAUUUCAUUUAGGCUUUUUGGUGUGAAAUGUGGUAAUGUAGACAGUGAGCCUUCAGAGAAUGAGGACCUGCUGAACAACUUAUUUACUAUGGGAGUUGAUAUUGACAUAGCUAAGAAACGACAACCUGGAGUGUUUAAUAGAACAGUUACUAAUGAGCAGGACGUGCAGAUGUUUCUUUUAUCCAAGGGAGCUAGCAAAGAAGUGAUUGCUAGUAUCAUAUCAAGAUAUCCACGAGCCAUUACACGUACUACUGAAAGUCUUUCAAAACGGUGGAAUCUGUGGAGAAAGGUGAUUAUGUCAGACCUUGAAAUUGUAAAUAUUCUGGAACGUUCUCCUGAAUCCUUUUUUCGGUCCAAGAACAAUGAAAAUUUGGAGAAAAAUAUUAAUUUCCUCUGUUCAAUUGGGUUGACCAGUAAAUGCCUUUGUCGAUUAUUGACCAGUGCCCCUCGUACCUUCUCCAAUAGUCUUGAUUUGAAUAAGAAGAUGGUUGAAUGUUUGCAUGAAGUUGGUUUGUCUUUGGGUUGUAAUGACCCCAUGGAUUUUGUCAGAAAGAUAAUUUUCAAAAACCCUUUCAUCUUAAUUCAGAGCACCAAGCGAGUGAAAGCUAACAUUGAGUUUUUACAAUCAGCUUUCACCUUGAACAAGGAAGAACUGCUUGUUCUGAUAUGUGGUUUAGGAGCUGGAAUCCUAGACCUUUCCAAUGACUAUAUGAGAAAGAACUACAAAAAUAUCAAAGAGAAGCUGUUUUCCUUUGGCUGUACUGAAGAAGAAGUACGAAAGUUUGUCUUAAACUAUCCAGAUGUGAUCUUCUUGGCAGAGAAAAAGUUUAAUGAUAAAAUAGAUUACCUCAUAGAAGAAAAAGUUAGUAUAUCACAAAUAAUUGAAAAUCCUCGGGUUCUAGAUUCGAGCAUGAAUACUUUAAAAAGUCGAAUCAAAGAAUUGGUCGAUGCUGGUUAUAACUUGAAUACAUCAAACAUUGCUGUUCUAUCCUGGAGUAAAACAAGAUAUCAAGCUAAACUGAAAAAAAUUAAAACAGUACUUGGGGCUUAAGUCUUAAAAUGUGCUAAAAUUGAUUUUGAGCUGUCAAAGGAGAAUUUUGAUUUCUUACCUCCAGAUACAUAUGUAAUGAUUCUUAAGGUUGUAAAAACUCAUUGUUGGUAUGUGUCAUGGUUUAUGCCAGUGGCCCCAAAGCCUCAUGCAAUUACGCGUUUGUAAUUGGUUCAUUGUCUAGCACUUAGAUUAGUGUUUUGAGUGCUAUACCUGCCCAGGGGUGGAACCAUGAUAUAAUGUAAUGGCGGGAAGAAAGUGUGUCUCUCUCUUGCCAAUUCACACGUGCUGUUUGCAGCCACCAUGACUGCAGCUCCACCAUGGCACCCUGCAUUGGAGCCAACUGAGUAUGGACUGAAACCUCCAAGAACUGUAAGAAAUAAACCUUUCCUUCCUUCAUUUUGAAUGUCGGGUAUUUUGUACUGGCAACAAGUAAAAAGCAACGAAGCCAGUAUGCUUCAAUUACUUCUCCCAGGUACUGCUGCUUCAGUUUGAAUUAAUGUUACAUCCCACUGCAUGCAUGCUGUACAGUUUGUGGUUCCUGAGUGCUAGGCAGAACAAUGAGUACAAAGAUAGUACAAAAUAAGCUCUUGUGGUUUCUGCUCAGAUUUAGAAAUUGACAGAUUUGGGCUGGAUAUAUAGCUUAGUAGUGACACCACUUGCUUAGCAUAUGCAAGACUCUGAAUUUAAUCCCCAGCACAGCUAAAAUAAAAAUAGAAGACAAAAAACAAAUACACAGAUUCGUUUGGGUAGUUUUUUCCUGUCAUGGUUUUGAAUGACAGGCCAUUUUAUUCUUCCAACAUGUCAAAUUAGGGUUCAUCCUGAAAAUAGAAUGCCAGUAAAAUUAAUAAAAAUCUGACAGAAAGGAGGAAUUUUUUCGUUCCAUGUUCCACAUUUUGCGUUUAAACUCUUGACAUGUUAAACUGGCCCCAUUCCCCCAAAACUCCCAUAAUUUCCUAAUAGUGUGUUUAUAUUUUUGUGAAGACAAAGACAUCCAUGAUGGGUAUAAAAAUGGGCACCUAAAAAUGUCUAAUGUCCAGAAGCUGUGAAUGACAUUGCCGUGGGCUUUACAGAAGCGAUUAAGUUAAAAUGUGAUUAAGUAAAGGCCGUUAAGAUGGGAAAAUUAUUUUAAGUUAUUUUGGAGUGGGUCCAGUAUAAUCAUAGGAUCCUUUAAAGUGAGGAGGAGGUAAAAGGGAGUGCCAUAGGGAUGUUCUAUAAGAAUGACUUGGCCACUUUUACUGGCUAUGAGGGACAUGGCCAUGAAGCAAGAAAUGCAGGUGGCUUGUAAAAGGCAAAGAACAGAUAAUUCUCUAAACCCUCCCAAAAUAAGUGCAGCCUUGCUGGCAUCUUGAUGUUAGCCCAGUGAGACCAGUAUCAAACUUCCAAUCUAUUGAAUCAUAAAAAUAAAUUUAUGUUGUUUUAAACCACUGAGUUUGUGAUAGUUUGUAAUAGCAGCAAGUAGAUUGAUAUAGCAAUUGAAUAGAUAAUUUGUCUCAUUACAGGUGAAGAAAUCACAAAGUCCUUAUUACAUCAUUUUUUAAAUUUCUGUAUUCAGUUUCUUAUAUGAGUAAUUACAUUUUAAAAAGAAACCACCUAUUCAUGAUUUGCUAACAAAUUAGUAUUUAUGAAGUCCUUUGAAGAUGAAUAAAAAACUAAGUGUAAAUAGUAACAUUAAAUAAAGAAAUUUUUUUCCUAGUGGGUAUAACUUAAGGAAAUACUGGUCUUUUGUGUAUUUAUAUUUUUCUGGUAUUUCAUCCCACUAUAAAUAAAAAUUGAGGAAUUUUAGAGACAUUCAGUUGGCUGAGAAGAUCACAGCGACAUCAUAUAUCAAUUUGUAUCCUUGAUAGAGACAAAAUGCAUGUUUUUUUCCAAGCCAUUUUCACAAAUCCAGUGAUACUUUUAUAAUUAUUUCCAGUGAACUAUUUGAUGGCAAGGAUGGCAUACUUUAAAAAAUGUGGGCUUUGUAGAAACAUUUUCUGGAAUGCUAUAGUUGGGCACCAUUUCUGAUUAAUUGUAUUUUGUGUAAAUAUUUUAAAUUCAUUGAAUUGUUUUCAAUGGUAUUUAAUGAAUGGUAGUUUAAGAAAAAAUAUAGGAGUGUUUUAAAAGGCAGUUUUAUGGAUAUAUAGUUCACAUACAAUUCAUUCAAAUAUAAUUGACUGUUUUUUAAAAUAUAAGGUGUGGUAACCAUUGCCAUAACCUAGUUUUAGAAUAUAUGCCCCUUAAAAAAUAAGUCCUAUACCCAUUAGCAUCCAGUGCCCAUUAUUCUUUUCCUAUCCUUGCAACCCUAAGCGAAAACUUUUUGCUUCUAAAUUUUAUUCUGGAUAUUUCAUAUAAAUGAUAUAAUACAAUAUAUGUUUUUUGACUGAUCCCUUUCAUGGGGGAUCGAACUCAUGACUGCCUGCUUGCAAGGCAGGCGCUUAUGCCGCUAAGCUAAAUCCCCAGCCCCUGACCCCUUUCAUUUAGUGUAAUGUUUUCAAGGUUUAUUCAUGUAGCACAUACCUGCAUUCCUUUUUAUUGUUAAAUGAUAUUCCAUUGUACAGAUACAGUAGGGUUAUUGGGAACAUAUUUUGUUGUUUUGUCUUGAAACACAAAGUAUUAAUUCUCUAAGUCUUCUAAAGUGUAUGGGAAUACUUUCCAAGAUUCUGCUUUGGAUUCUAACAAGUUAUGGAACUUGAUAGGAAUGGGCAGAAGAGAUGAAAGUUUAUUGGUAUCAGCAGGUCAUCAGAAUUUUCUGUGGAUUGACAUAAAUGACAUAGCAGUCAUAGUUGCAUUAGCCCAAAAAGAAUGCAGGAAGAAGUGUAAUACAGUAUUUGAUCACUGGGCAGUAGAAUGUGGAACAAAUCUAACUUUAUAAGAGAAAUGAAUGGCUAAUACUUGUCAGGCAAGAUUAACAUGAAAUACUUUCAGGUUUGAGUCUAAUUGAGGGAAGAGUUAAAUUUUUUUUUUUGUCUUUUUCGUUUUUAUCGGUACCAGGGAUCAAACUCACAACUGCCUGCUUGCAAGGCAGGCGCUUAUGCCGCUGAGCUAAAUCCCCUGCCCUGGAAGAGUUAAUUUUUAAAACAUUGAUUUCUAAAAAUUUUAAUUUUUUGUCGUAAGUGAAAGAUCCAUGUUUUCUGUGGAAGAAAGGAAAAUAAUGAAAAAGCAAAAAACCUGAUAAUCUGCCAGACAUAAUGAACAUUUUGGUAGCUUCCUAUUGUUUUUUAUGCAUAAUAUAUCCAUACAGGGAUGUAAUAUGAGUAGGUAUAUGUAUAAGUUGAGGUCAAACUAAAAUUUAUAAGUUGCUGUUCUUAAGAUCUUACCGAUCUUAAACAUAUAUUUUCCAGUAUAUAAUUAUGAAUCACUUAUUCACUACAUGAUUUAACGGUUGCAUGAAAUUCUGUUGUUUGGAUAAGCCAUAAUUUCUCUAAUCAAUCUCUCACCAUUGGGCAGGGCAAGCAAAUUUUAGUAAUAUUUUGAAUAUUCCACUUGGACUAUUUCAGUAUUCCCCAGUGUUAUAUAUACUAGCCUGUUGAUAUGCCUUAUAAUUUAAAAAGUUUUCUAUAGAAAAUAUAAAUAUAAGUAUUGCAUUUUGCUGUUCUUUAUAUGUCAGAAGGAUCUGGAAACCAUAAUUUUUUAAAGAAAUGGAAACUAUUUGUAAAUUCUAAAUUAUUGGAAUAAAUUUGAGAACUUUCAGAUAACUACAGAAAUUGGAGCAGUAUUGAAGAGUAGAAAGAAGUGAAUUUUUUUCAUUAUGCAUUCAGAACAAAAAUGAUGUAUAAAAGCAUUUAUUGUGUUUUUUAGCUUGUCAUUUCUCUCAAUCUCUAAAUUUUGGGUAAACACAUGAUAUGUAGCUUGUAUGUGAAAUACCUGUUGGCUGCUUCUUUGUGAGACUGUAAGUUGCACACUUCAUACCCAGAUGUAUGCUCUGAUGAAGACCUAGGGGAGAAUCUGUUGAUGGCAGAACCUUAACUUUGGUAACAGUCCAUUGUUACAUAGUGCAGGAAAAUGCUAUGUGGGAUUGAAGAACUGUAUUACUAGAUUUGGGAAAGGAAUCAUAACAGAAGCUCUUCUGGCGGGACAGAGUCCUGGUUUGGUUGUCAGAUGACUUAGGAGACAGGUCCAAACUGCCUAGUAUGUCCCUGGACUGUGAAUGUUUCCAUCCACUCAGUUUGCAUCUUGUUACCUCAGGAACCUGGUUUAGGAUUGAGCUGCAAUAGGGUCAGUUUUGAGGAGUUAGGGAAGGUACUUCCCAACUGACUGUACUAACCAGGUUGAUGUCAUAAUGAGGCCUUCUGCAUCUUUUGUUUUAACUUUUCUGUUACUCUCAAAUGAUGGUCUUGCCUCUAUUUUCAUAGAGAUUAGUGAAAUGAAAGAGGAUAACCUCCAACAUACACAGUUCUUUUUUGGAGGGGAGGCGUCAUUAUUUAAACCAUAUUCUUGGCAGGGACUUUAAGCUUUUUGAUUAAUUUCUGAAUGGAAUUUGCUAUAAAGAUAGAAGACAUACUGGUACAAUCUCAUUCUGGCUCAGCUUCACUAUUCAUCAGAUAAGUAUUUUGAAUUUGUUUCUCACUAAUAGCAAUAUUAUCUAAAGAUUAAUGGUUUCUGUACAUGAAUUGCUUUGUACUAAUUAUGAAAAAUUUUAAUACAGUGUUAUGCUGAUUCUUCUAUCUCCAUCUUGAAUAUUUAGUCCCUCCUUUAUCAGCUUUCAAGAUACCAUUAGUUUAUGCCCACUGUGAUUGUUUUUUUUUUUCAUUUUACAAUGGAAAAGAAUUUAUUCUCUGCUAAUAAUCAUUGUAAAAGCCUUUGAACAAUACAAAGAAACAAAAUUCUCAGCUAAUCUAUCUUGAAGUUGAGAAAAUAUCUUCUUAGUUCACAAAGAGCUUUAUUUAAAUCAAAGAUGAAUGAAUAAUGUUUUUGAGAAAAUUCUUUGAAGAUCUGCUCUCAAUCUGAAAUAGAGUGGCAUAAGUGGAUUACUUCGUUAUUUUUUUACUGACAUGAAGCCUAUGCCAUAUUUAAUUUACUGAUAUUGUACUUAGAAUUUUUCAUUAGUACUCAGGGGAAUUGGUGGCAGCCUAUCUCAUGUGACAAAUGUUUGGUGAGUAGGUUCUUUGUAUUUUAAAGGUAAGAAAGUUGCCACUUGGCCAACUUUUUGGCCUGGGGUUCUGUUAGCCUCAUAAAAUAAAUUUGGAAGCUUACUGUUUUCUUUCUGUGCUUUGUAACUGAAAACUGGGAAUUACCCAUUUCAUUAAAGCUUGACAUAACUCAGCAGUAAAAUCAUUUUAGCCUGCUAAUUUUUUUUUCUAGAUAAAUCCUUGACACAAUAGAAAAUUGUUGACAAGGCUUAUAUAAAAACUUUUGACCUAUAUAUCUUUUCAGUAAAUAUCAGUAUAAAGUAAAGCUUUCCCCUUUUUAAGGCAUUUUGAUGCAUGUGACAACAUGGGCAAAUCCCAAAAUACUGCGCUGAAUGAAAGCAGGCGGACAAAGAGUACAAUCUGUAUAAUUCAGUUUAUGUGAGAGUCUGAAAAAUGCCCACCAAUUUGUAUUGACAGCAUAUUAUAGGUUAGUGAGAUUGUGGUGUUUGGAUGGAAAAGGGUAUAAUGGAGGAACCACAAAGGAACAUGAGUGAAUGUUUGAGUAAUAUGUAUUCAUGAUUUCCCAUGGUUUUGUGUGUAUGUAUGUUAAAAAUGUAUCUAAUUAUGUAUAUUAAAAAUGUGCAGUUUAGUAUCUUUCAAUUAUACCUCUGUAAAAUAGAACAUUCGACACUGAUUUAAAAUGCUAUCUUUAUCUGAUAAUAAAUUCUAUGUAUAUUUCAAGAUUCAACUCUC